AUGACACAGGAGUACGACAACAAGCGCCCAGUGUUGGUUCUUCAGAAUGAGGCCCUUUACCCACAGCGGCGCUCCUACACCAGCGAGGACGAGGCGUGGAAGUCGUUCCUGGAAAACCCGCUCACCGCGGCCACCAAAGCCAUGAUGAGCAUCAACGGGGACGAAGACAGCGCCGCGGCGCUGGGCCUGCUGUAUGACUACUACAAGGUUCCCAGAGAGAGGAGGUCUUCCACGGCGAAGCCCGAGCCAGAGCACACAGAGCAAGAUCACAGCAAGAGGAACAGCAUGCCCAGCGUGGCUGAGCAGUCCCUACUUCCCGCCGGCGAGAGCAGGGUGCAGGUGCUAAAGAACGUGCCCUUCAACAUCGUCCUGCCCCACGGCAGCCAGCUGACUGGCGACAAGCGAGGCCACCUCGCCGCUCCUGACACCACAGUCACCGUCUCCAUUGCAACGAUGCCCACCCACUCGAUCAAGACGGAGAUCCAGCCACACGGCUUUGCUGUGGGCAUUCCCCCAGCCGUGUACCACCCCGAGCCCACAGAGCGUGUGGUGGUUUUUGACCGCAACCUUAACUCAGACCAGUUUAGCUCUGCAGCCCAGCCCCCGAAUGCACAACGGCGCACCCCAGACUCCACCUUCUCGGAGCCCUUCAAGGAGGGUGUGCAGGAGGUGUUCUUCCCCUCGGAGCUCAGCCUGCGGAUGCCCGGCGUGAAUUCAGAGGACUAUGUUUUUGACAGUGUGGCUGGGAACAACUUUGAGUAUACCCUGGAGGCCUCCAAGUCCCUGAGGCAGAAGCCGGGGGACAGCACCAUGACGUACCUCAACAAAGGCCAGUUCUACCCCAUCACCCUGAAGGAGGUGAGCAGCAGCGACGGCAUCCAGCACCCCAUCAACAAAGUCCGGAGCGUGAUCAUGGUUGUGUUUGCCGAGGACAAGAGCAGAGAGGAGCAGCUAAGGCACUGGAAGUACUGGCACUCGCGGCAGCACACGGCCAAGCAGAGGUGCAUCGACAUUGCUGACUACAAAGAAAGCUUCAACACCAUCAGUAACAUUGAGGAGAUCGCCUACAACGCCAUCUCCUUCACAUGGGACAUCAAUGAUGAGGCCAAGGUGUUCAUCUCCGUGAACUGCCUCAGCACCGACUUCUCCUCGCAGAAGGGCGUGAAGGGCUUGCCGCUCAACCUCCAGAUCGACACCUACAGCUACAACAACCGCAGCAACAAGCCCGUACACCGCGCUUACUGCCAGAUCAAAGUCUUCUGUGACAAGGGAGCUGAGCGAAAAAUCAGGGAUGAAGAACGGAAGCAGAGCAAAAGAAAAGUCGCAGACGUGAAGGGACCACUGCUGCCCUCGCACAAGCGGACAGACAGCACAGUGUUCAAGCCUUUCCUGGACCUCGACACACAACCCGUACUCUUCAUCCCUGACGUGCACUUCACCAGCCUGCAGCGGGGCACACACGUGCUUCCUAUGGGCCCAGAAGAGCUGGAGGCUGAAGGCUCUGCCUUGAAGAGGGGACCGUAUGGCGCCGAAGAUGACUUUGGUGUCCCACCUUCUGCCAAACUGACCCGAGUAGAAGAGCCCAAGAGAGUCCUGCUGUAUGUCCGGAAGGAGUCAGAAGAAGUCUUCGAUGCACUCAUGCUCAAGACCCCGUCUCUGAAGGGACUGAUGGAGGCUAUCUCAGACAAGUACGACAUCCCAUAUGACAAGAUCGGGAAAAUCUUCAAGAAGUGCAAGAAGGGCAUCCUGGUGAACAUGGACGACAACAUCGUGAAGCACUACUCCAACGAAGACACCUUCCAGCUGCAGAUGGAGGAAACCAGUGGCUCCUAUAAGCUCACGCUGACCGAGAUCUGAGCCGCGGGCCUACAGCAGGA